AUGCAGCAGACGCUCACCACCGCCUCCAUGAUCGCCGUCAUGACGCGGCUGUGGAAGGAAGUCCUCCUCGCCAUCGAGGCGCUGCUCAUCCCGCCCUUGAGCGAUAGGCCGAGUCCGCAGAAGGCGCUGAGUAGGCAGGAGGCGGAUACGGUGUUCUUGUGGUUGGAGCUGCUGAGGGCGUUUUUUAAUGCCAGGGAUGAGGAGACGGGGGAGGCGAUGGGGGUCCGGGAUGAUGUGCUGAAGAAUGCGAAGUAUCAUGAGCUGAAGCAGUUGGCGUUUUUCUACUUUGAUCCCACGGACUCGCUUAUUAAGACGUCGGAGCGGAUGGCGUCUGCUACUGCUGCGAGGGCGCUGGCGCAACGCACAUCCCUCUCUUUGCCGCCGGGGAGUUUGGGACCGUCUCUAGGCGCUGGUUUGGGGAGCGCGACCAGUUUGCGGAGGGGGAAGAGUAUUAUGCUCUCUAGGAAUCUAGGCACGAUGAGGCAGGCGAAGGAGGAGAAGAGGAGAGAGGCCCAGGCGGAUCCGAGUGAUGAUGUUAUCCUGAGGAUUCUGCGGAUGAGACAUGAGGGCGUGGCGGUGGCGUAUUUGAGGGAUAGGAGUCGCCAGCGCGAGAGGCUGGCGGCGGCGGCGGCGGCGGAGUCGAUUGUGAGACAGAGUUUGGGGGGGGAGGGAGGUUUGGGGGGAAUAAUUUGCCGAGGAGGUAGGGAGUGAUAGGGGAAAGGGGAGGGGCGUUUGUUGGGUUGGAGGGAUGGGUUCCCCGGGGGGGGGGUUUCAUUGCAUGCGGGUUGGAUGGAGGCGUUGUGGCGAUACCAUUGUCUUUUGUGUUUCCUGAUGGGUGGAUGAUAAGUUUUAGCCAACGUGUGUGAAGCGGAGUGUUUUAUGUGUCGAUUGCAGGCAGCGAGCCAGCGACUGAGGUUACAAUUAGGUAGCGAAUGAAUGAAUGGAUGAGUGG